GAAGGUGUGUAGCAUAGUGAUUUAAUAAACGCAUUUUACAGUGUGAAUUUUCUAACACACCCAUCUUAAUUCGAUGCUUGCUUGCUGUCCUUUCUGGGCGUGAAAAUGGCUGCCCCCUAAUUGGACAGUUGAGGAAAUUUUUUCACAGCUUCAAGAUAACCGGGGGGUGCUGCGUAAUCAUGCUGCGCCGGAAGCCCACGCGUCUGGAGCUGAAGCUGGAUGACAUCGAUGAGUUUGAAAGCGUGAGGAAAGAGCUGGAGAGCCGGAAAAAACAGCGUGAUGAGGUAGAUGUAGUGGGCGUGGCUUCGUCGGGUGAAAUGGGAGGGGCAACGAGCGGUGGAAGUAGCGACGUGAAGACCCGGGAGCAGAUGAUCAAUGAGCGCAUCGGUUACAAACCCCACCCCAAGCCAAACACCUUGCCAUCUCUGUUUGGCAACUUGCAGUUUUAAGUGCUUUAUGGACACCAUUAAUGACUGUGACUUUUUCCGGGUCCUGGAUUCUGGACUAUAAAUAUUAUCAACAGAAGGAUGGCUGUUGGUGCUGCUUCCGUUAGUCAUUUUAUGUUUUUGUUAAUUCAGUUGGAUUCAAAGUUAGAUCAGAAUUUGCAUAACCAACAAUGUAAGUAUAUAUAUUAUACUGCAGUUUGAUAUUGCAUAGUUUUUACUUAAUUUCAAUAAAGUGUGUUUUGUCA